UGUUCAGUUCUAACUGUUACUUUUUGGCUGGCAUACAGGUUCCUCAGGAGACAAGUAAGAUGAUCUGUUGGUCCCAUCUCUUUGAAGUCUUGCCAUAGUUUGUUGUGAUUCACACAAAGGCUUUAGUGUAAUCAAUGAAAUAGAAGUAGAUGUUUUUCAGGAACUCACUUGCUUUUUCCAAAGUCCAGUGCAGGUCAGCAAUUUGGUCUCUUGUUCUUCUGCCUCUUCAAAAAACAGCCUGCUCUCCUGGUAAUUCUCCAUUCACAUACUGCUAAAGCUUAGUUUGCUGAAUCUUAAGCAUAACCUUGCUGGCUCAUAAAAUGAGCACAAUUAUUCAGUAAUUUGAAUAACUCUUGGCAUUGCCUUCUUUAGUAUUGAGACCUAAACCAAUUUUUUCCAACUAAUGGCCACUGUUAAUGUUUUCCAAAUUUGCUGCAUACUGAAUGCAGCACCUUAAAAGCACCAUCUCUUAGGGUUUUAAAUAACUCAGCUGGAAAUCCAUCACCUUCACUAGCCUUAUUAUUAGCAAUGCAUCCUAAGGCCCACUUAACUUCAUUCUCCAGGACAUCUGGCUCUAGAUCAGUGUCAAGAUGUUAGGAAACACCCUGUUUUCCAGAGCUAAAGGCCUAGCAAACCAGCUGUGCCCUGAGCUUGGCAUAAUAACAGUUCUUUGCACUUACCCUCUGGCUUAUCUCAGCCACAGCAAAAUCCCAGACUUGUUUCUGGUCAUAAAGACCGCUAUGAAUCAAACUUAUCACAUUGUUGCUGUUACCCCUCAUUGUCAGGGCUACAGCUCACUGUGUAGCCAUUGUGUAAGUAUUGAGAUUUCUCAACACUGCCUAGUCUUCACCCCCACCCCCAACUAGGGUUACAUUUUUACAACUGUUGAGGUGAAUGCUACCAAAAAAGAAAGCAAAACUUUAAGGCAUCUGUAAGAGGAAACUGCUUUUAUAAAGCAGUAGCAUUUCAUUUCCUUUCCCUAGUAAUAAAAUUCAGAUACACUGAGGAAACAAGGUAGAGGCAACGGGAGAUCUGCUUGACCAGGCCAGGAGUGAGGAGGAGAAAAGCCAUGGAAAAGUUUCAUCUUUUGUUGGACGUGCUCAUCAAACACCACAAGGCCGUGACCAUGAGCUUCUGGAGUCUGCUGACAGCUGGUGGGCAGACCCUCUUCUCCAAGAUAGUGUUCCAAUGCCCCUGUGACGAUAGAUACAAAAUGCCCUAUUCCCUUUUAUUCUUCUUCGCUCCAGCCCUGGUCCUCUUCCUUCUGCGCUACCUGCUGAGCUUUAAGGUAGGGCGGGUGGUAACUGGCUGCUGUACCAAGGACCAGAGAGACACUGUUGAGAAGAUAUACACUCUUGACAAGAAAUCCUGCAAGGCUAGCCCAGAAACGCCUAGCAAGAGAGUGAUGUUCUGUAAGGAGGUGGUAUGUGGUCAAGUGACCUUGACUGCUCUCCUGGCACCCUUCAUCUGGAUUACAAUGGCACUGCUCGAGGGUAAUUACUCUGUGUGUCUGUUCAGUGCAAAUGAGCAGCAGCAAAGGAGCUUGUGUCAGGAACACAACUGUUUUGAGAAAGAGCUGCAGAUGCCUUGCCAGCAGACAAGCUUGACAAACUUCGAGCAGAAGGUCAGGGCUAUAUCCCAGAUAAUAGGUUGGGGACUGAUAGCUGGUGUCAUGGUUUUAUUCACGAUGAUCAAGUUCUGUUGCUGUUGCACAUCUCGAGUUGGUUUUCUUCAGCUCCAGUUCCAGAAAAUCUACAUGAAAAAAGAAAAUGAGACAUUAACUGCUGAAUCGAAGAAGUAUGCUACUGAAUUGGCGGAAAGAAAUGUCAAGUGCUUCUUUGAAAAUGUCUGCCAUGACAGUGUGAGAAUUCCAAGAACUGAGGAAUGGAAUGAGAUUUCACUAGUGAUUAAGCCUAGUGAUACAGAAUAUAGUAAAUUGCACAAGUAUGCUAACAACAGGCCAGUGAGAGAAGAUACUCUUCAAAACCCUGCUACUGAUUGCAUUUAAGGGGUUGAAGCAAUUCUC